GUGUGUGUGUGUGUGUGUGUGUGCAGCAGCCUCUGACUCAGUGUUGAAUGGGUCCUGGAGUCACAUGGCUACUUGUCAGCAGGCUAGAGGAGGAAACAUAAUCCUGAGGAGGAAGGCUGCUGCUAUCAGUGCAUGCAUGUCGGUCUGAGAGAGCACUCCAGAAGCUGGAGCGCAAUCCUCAUCUCUAACUCUUCUUUCUUUUGUCUCCCUAUCUCUCCUUUCUCCCGUGGAUUGUCUGUUCCCUGCACUCUGACCAGCCCCGGGUCUCACUUCACAGAGUUCAGAUUUGCACUACCAUGUCUACGGUGGCUUCUCUGCUGUGAGCACACAAAGAGUUUGUAGAUGAGCAUGCAGUCUGUGGUCGUCACUCGCGUGCCAAGCUUCCCGAUUGAAGCUGGGCCCGGCCGGGUGUUCUGGCGGAUCACUGGGUUAAGACGAAUGUUGGCUUGUGACGUUAUGCUGCCCAAAAGCUGUCUGAGUCCCAGUGAGAAAGAGAAGGGCUAAAGCCGCACCGAUCCAAACCAUCUUAUCCAGAGCCUCUCCAGCAGCGACUGAGCCAUGAGCAACCCCAACCACUUCCCAGAUGCCGUGUCGUCGGUUAUUCACACUCCAGACGCUCCUUCUGACGCUCCUUCUGACGCUCCUUCUGCCUCAUCACUACACGGGCCUCCGCGCCCUGAAGAGGAGGAUGAUGGGGACCUGAACAAAGCGUUGGGGGUCCAGCGCUUCGAGCAGAUCCUCAGCCCCGCUGCUGCUGUGCCUGAUGAACAGCACCACAACUACCAUGAGGAGGACAUUGAAUACCACCGUCACUCCUCGCACCACAUCCACAGACCUCUGUCCAAACUGCCCUCCGACGGACGCAGGAAGAAGAGCAACAAAAAAAGGAGGAAGGACAAAGAUCACAAAAGCAGCCAUGCUCCCAGCGGCCCCAUAGAGGAGGGAGAGGAUGAAGAGGAAGAGGAGGAGGACGGGACAGAGACUUCUGGUCCAUCUGAGACGGAGAGAGUGAAAGAUGUGGAGUUCUUUCUUUCUGAUGAAGACCAAGUUUCCAAACGAGGCAAAGAGAGCCCCCACUCUGCCCGUGAGCUGGUGAUCGUGCCGCAAUCUGGGGUGGGAGCUGAUACUGAAGAUGCAUCUUCCUCAGAUAAGCCAGCCUCAUCCGCCGCCUCCAGCCCCUCUCCCCAGUUGGUGCCCCCUGAAAGCAUACCUCUGGCCCGGGUGUCCACCACCAGCCGCAGCUACGACCUGCAGGAUCGCCGGUGCACAGGCAACAUGACGGGGGCCGAGCAGGCCAAGUACCAGCGCAUCCCGACCGACGAGAGCGAGGCUCAGACGCUGGCCUCCGCUGACCUGGACGGCAUCAAGAGUCAUCGUUUUGAAGAUGUUCCCGGUGUGCGCAGACACCUGGUCAGAAAGAGCACCAAGGGUCAAGUGGUGCACACCGGCAAGGACCACAAAGAACCCACCACUCGCAGCAGUAAGAAGGACCGGACCCCGCAUGAGGUGUUUGUGGAGCUGAAUGAGCUGACUAUGGAUAAGAACCAGGAGAUGUCAUGGAAGGAAACGGCUCGAUGGAUCAAGUUUGAGGAAGAUGUGGAGGAGGAGACGGACCGCUGGGGGAAACCUCACGUGGCCUCGCUGUCCUUCCGCAGUUUGCUGGAGCUCCGAAAGACAAUCUCACACGGUGCAGUGCUGCUGGACCUGGACCAAAAGACCCUGCCUGGCAUCGCCCAUCAGGUGGUGGAGAAGAUGAUUAUUUCUGACCAGAUCAAAGCUGAGGACCGGGCCAAUGUCCUGAGGGCCCUGCUGCUGAAACACAGUCACCCGAGCGAUGAGAAGGAGCACAGCAGCCCUUUCCCCAGGAACAUCUCGGCGGCCAGCCUGGGUAGUCUAAUCCCACAUCACCACAGCGCCAACCACUCCCACCAGACAGAUCCUUCAGUGACCGACCCGCUCAUGGGCACCGUCCCAACGGGGGACUCAGAGACACGCAUUGACAUGGACAAAAACGAGAAGGAGCCGAGUGUGGUGUCUGGUAUGCAUCGCUCCAAAUCCAAACAUGAGCUCAAGCUGCUGGAGAAGAUUCCUGAAAAUGCUGAGGCCACUGUUGUCCUUGUGGGCAGUGUGGACUUCCUGGAGCAGCCCACCAUGGCGUUUGUGCGGCUGCAGGAGGCCGUGGAGCUGGAGUCCGUCCUGGAGGUCCCCGUGCCGGUCAGGUUUCUGUUCGUCCUGUUGGGACCCGCAACCACCAGCAUGGACUAUCAUCAGAUCGGACGCUCCAUCUCCACACUCAUGUCCGACAAGCAAUUCCACGAGGCAGCCUACCUUGCAGACGACCGGCAGGACCUGCUGAAUUCCAUCAACAGCUUCCUGGACUGCAGCAUCGUGCUGCCGCCUUCAGAGAUGGGAGGCGAUGAGCUGCUGCGCUCGGUCGCUCGCUUCCAGAGGGAGAUGCUGCGCAAGAGGGAGGAGCAGGGGGUCAAACUGACCAAGGAACCUAAAAGCAUGGAAGAUAAAGAGGCCCUCCUCACACCCUUCAAAAAGUCAGACGACCCUUUAAAGCGCACCGGGCGGCCUUUCGGCGGGCUCAUACGGGACGUGCGUCGCCGUUACCCAAAGUACCUCAGCGACUUCAAGGACGCUCUGAACAGUCAGUGCAUGGCCGCCGUAUUCUUUAUCUACUUUGCUGCUCUCUCUCCAGCCAUAACAUUCGGAGGCCUACUGGGUGAGAAGACGGACGGUCUGAUUGGUGUUUCUGAGCUGAUUGUGUCCACCGCAGUGCAGGGUGUGCUCUUCUGCCUGCUUGGAGCGCAGCCGCUACUCGUUGUGGGUUUCUCGGGACCUCUGCUGGUUUUUGAAGAAGCAUUUUAUAGUUUCUGCAAAGCGAACGAGAUGGAGUACCUGACGGGCCGCGUCUGGAUCGGGUUCUGGCUCAUCGUCAUCGUGAUCGUCACGGUGGCCUUUGAGGGAAGCUUCCUGGUCCGCUUCGUCUCCCGCUUCACCCAGGAGAUCUUCUCCUUCCUCAUUUCCCUCAUCUUCAUCUGCGAGACCUUCAUCAAGCUUGGCAGGAUUUUCAAAGAGCACCCCCUUAAACGUUGCUCCCUGAACAACGGCACAGAAUGGAACUCAAUGGUAGAAAAUAUCACAGUCGUCCAGGGCAACAGCACGCUGCCGAUGACAGUGGGAGUCCGAGGGGAACCCAACACUGCGCUGCUCUCUCUGGUCCUCAUGGCCGGAACAUUCUUCAUCGCCUUCUACCUGAGAAAGUUCAAGAACAGUGCCUUUUUCCCUGGCAGGUUGCGCAGGAUGAUUGGAGAUUUUGGCGUCCCAAUUGCCAUCCUAAUCAUGGUCCUUGUGGAUUACAGUAUAAACGACACAUACACACAGAAACUGAGCGUUCCCAAUGGUUUCUCUGUGACCAGCCCCUCGAAGCGUGGCUGGAUCAUCAGCCCUCUGGGGUCCAACGGGGAAUUCCCCAUCUGGAUGAUGUUCGCCUGCUGUCUGCCCGCUCUGCUCGUCUUCAUCCUCAUCUUCAUGGAGACUCAGAUCACUACUCUGAUCGUGAGUAAGAAGGAGCGCAUGCUGGUGAAGGGUUCUGGCUUCCAUCUGGACCUGCUGCUGAUCGUGGUGCUGGGCGGCAGCUCGGCUCUGUUCGGCCUGCCAUGGAUGGCUGCAGCCACUGUCCGCUCGGUGACCCACGUCAACGCCCUCACUGUCAUGAGCAAGGCCGUCGCCCCCGGAGACAAGCCGCGUAUCCAGGAGGUGAAGGAGCAGAGGGUCACAGGGCUCCUGGUGGCCAUCAUGGUUGGUAUGUCUAUUGUGAUCGGGGACCUGCUGCGUCAGAUCCCCCUGGCGGUGCUGUUUGGGAUCUUCCUCUACAUGGGGGUGAUGUCCCUUAAUGGGAUCCAGCUUACAGAGCGGAUGAUGCUGCUGCUCAUGCCACCAAAGUAUCACCCGGACCACACCUACGUCCGCAAGGUGCGUACGCUGCGCAUGCAUCUGUUCACCUGCAUCCAGGUGGUGUGUUUGGCGGCUCUGUGGGCUGUCAUGUCCACCCAGGCGUCCCUGGCCUUCCCCUUCGUCCUCAUCCUCACCAUCCCUGUGAAGAUGUUCGUGCUGCGCCGCAUCUUCACCAGCAGAGAGAUCGCAUGUCUGGACGCCGAUGACGCAGAGCCCAAGUUUGACGAGCGCGACUGUCACGAUGAGUACUCGGAGAUGCACAUGCCUGUGUAACCCGCAGCAAGGCCUGGUAUCAACACUUGAAACACUCAUCACUGUGCACCCUCUUCAUCAUCACUAAGACUUUUGAACAUUCAGUAUGUCUGACGACUUGCUUCAACUUUAACUAUUUAAGUAGUUUUUUUUAUCAGAUUGUUGGGGAUUUUCUGCUGGUUAACGGCACUAAUUGAAAGUCAACUGAGGAGAUCAAAAAAUCAACGUGUGUUCACUCAUACUAUACUUUUAUAUAUAUAUUUCAGGGGACAAGAGAUUCUAAAUUGAAUUAUCUCGAGCUCAAAUGAUAUGCUAUUACAGUAGAUAGAUUUACAAGACUGAUUAAUGUUAGCCCUGAAAGGUUUCUCUGAUUCACAUUGAAUAUGUGGAGGAUAUAUGGGAUACGUUAUUUUAUAUUAACACGUUGAGUCAUCGCUAUUCAAGUUUGUCGCUUUUUUUCAUGUUUUAUGCUCACCAAGCGCCUUAUGAAGGAAAUAAAAAGGUAUACUGAGAGUUAUCUUUUCCUCAUUCUGUCUCAUUUCAGACAGUUUAUCACUUUACUCGCCUCCUGAAGCUCGUAGCACUUUUAAAAAAACCAAAUCUGAACAAUGACUGUAUUCUAUGUAAUCACUUGUAUCUCCACAUCCUCUUGAAUCCUUUAAAUAUCUAUGUUGCUUUAGUUUUCUUCCUAAACAACUAUAUGUGAUUGAUUUGAAGCCUGUCCUUCUUCCACAAUCACUCAAAAAAAUUACUCAAAAGCAGCAGUUUAGAUGACAGUUAGGAUUGAAUGGACCUGCAGUGAGGUAAGAGUACCAGCAGAGGGAGGUGAUGAUGAAGGAAAGAAAUAGUUUCUCUUUCCACUAAUGACAUGAAAUCAUGUGAUAAUAACAUCAAACUAACACAGUGGCAUAAUAAAUAUACUCUAAAUGUCUCUACGCACAGGUUAAGGGCACUAAUGAAUUAAUAGAAUUUGUUUUCACUUCGGGUGUUUUUAGGAAUCACUGUAAUUUAUUGGUUUCUUUGUCCAAAUGUCUUGUGUAAAUAGUUUUGUGAUCAGAACAAUAAGCUGCAGUCCAGCCAUCUCACAGUUUCAGCCUAACUUAACCACAUGUCAUAGUGUAACAUUCCUUAUUUUCUCACAAUUGUGCUAUUUCUUUUGGCAUAAACGCAUUUUUUCAACAUUUCAUUUACAUUCAAAUUAACUCGGUCGACCAAAUUUCAACCCAAGCUGUGUAGACAAUCUCAAUAUCCAUGCAUUACUGAGAGGGAAGGCUUUUAAAAAUAUAAAUAUAUAUGUCUUUUUUUGUUUUAUGUCAUGUUGUAUCAGUGUGACAUGGAUUGGUUAAAGCUUUGACUGUGUCAAAUAACUUAAAUGUUCAGUCCUCUGUUGCUCUCGAGUGUGUAUUUCAGACACUACUGUCCCAUCUCAGUCUGACUGUCGUGAACUUCUGCCUGUUUGGUGUCACAAAGGUGCAAAAUCUCAAGUGCCUGAGGGACCAUGAAGUGAUCAGAUACAAGUGUCUGUUCCUUUUGUAAGGACGACACACAUGUUACAUUAGUUUGCACUUUGAGACGCUCAUAAAUCAAACAUCUCUCCAUUAUUUAUCCGUUGCACAAUGACACAUUAUUGCUGCUUUUGAAGGUUUAUUUGUCACAUUUAACAGUUUUCUUCUUUUUAAAAAAAAUUCAAACUCCCAUUUGGCUGCAUCAUGGCCUGAAGGGUUAACACUGAAGGGUUAAUGAGAACUAGGCAGUGUCGGUUUUAUUUUUGCUUACUGUGUCUGUGGAUUGAGUGAAGUUGGUCUGUGUAUGCCAAAGUUUCUGUGGAAGUCGUGAAAUGCUGAUACGAUGUGGUGUUCCAUUUCAAAAGCAAUAUCAAGUCCCAGAGGCUAUUGCUGAAUUUCUGUUGUACAUUCAUGGUUAAAAUAUUGAUGACAAAUAAAACAUAUUUUCUAUUUA